CUCGCCACUUUUCUGAAAGGUGUGGCCACUGUGUGAAAGUUACUUCCUUUGCAUCCACGCUAAACUGUCGCAGUUUUAAACUGUUUCAUCAACCACAACAAUGUCUGUCUGGGAUGACUUGGACUUGCUUUUAGAUUCUCCAUCCUCACUCACAGUCACAUCCCAUACAAAAGGAACUGUGAAAGACAUGGCCAAUUUUAAAGUGGAAGAUGAUGUGUCUGCGCUAAGAAAGGCCAUCGAAGGCAUUGGUACAACGGAAAAGGUUCUGAUUGAUGUGCUGACCCACAGAAGUAACGCUCAACGUCAGCUUAUUGCUAAAGCGUACGAGAAGGCUACAGGGAGGGCGUUGGUAGCUGACCUCAAGGGCGACACCCAUGGAGACUUUGAGGACUUGUUGGUAGCUCUGGUUACACUUCCCGCAGUCUAUGACUGUCAUGAGGUCAUCAAAGCCACCAAGGGAGCUGGAACCACUGAAAGCACGCUGACUGAAAUCUUUGCAUCCCGAUCCAACAGACAUAUCAAAGCUCUGUCUGAGGCCUACCUGGCAGAAACAGGAAGGUCAAUCAUUAAUGAUCUGCAGUCGGAGGUGUCUGGUGAUUACGCCAAAGCUCUGCUCAUCUUGGCUGAGGGUAAGAGAGAUGAAAGCACCAAUGUGGAUUCUGCAAAAGCUAAAGCAGAUGCAAAGGCCCUAUAUGAAGCAGGAGAGAAGAAAUGGGGCACUGACGAGGCAAAAUUCAUUGACAUCCUCUGUCACAGGAGCAUUCCACAGCUUCAACAGACUCUGGUAGAGUAUAAGAAUAUCAGCAAGAAGACGCUGCAGCAGAGCAUCGAGAGCGAGAUGUCUGGUGACCUGGAGAAGUUACUGGUGGCAGUUGUGAAGUGUGUGAAGAGUGUGCCUACGUAUCUGGCAGAGAUACUCUUCAAAAGCAUGAAGGGUGCGGGGACUACAGAGUCCACUCUGACCAGGAUCAUUGUGAGCCGCUCUGAGAUUGAUUUGCAGGACAUCAAAACUGACUACAAGAAGCUUUUUGGCUAUACUCUCUAUUCCCAACUAGAGGAUGAAGUUUCCGGUAAUUAUGGUGAAGCCCUAAAACAAUUGUGUGGCCAAGACUAAAUCCCCUCGAAUCCAGACACAAGGAUCACACAUCCAUCUGAGAUCCAAACAGAACCUACGAAUAUCCAACUCAUGCUUGGCCUCCACAAAGCGCUGCUGAUACAUGAUCUAUAAAAUAAAGUACUGCUUCAAGUCUUGGAUCAACACAAAAAGUCACUCAGUAAUUGAACACUUUCUUAGUCAGUGUUUUGAUCUUGCCCAAUGUAAUACAGUUCAGUAGAAAACAAGUGUCCAGCACAGUUCACCAUUUUUGGACUUGUGAAAAUAAAAACGUACACAUUUAUAAAAUCA